AUGGCCGUCCCUUUUAUUGGACGCCUCCAUCCUAUGGAGUACAUCGCCCUCGUUGCCUCCUUUGUUCUCGUGUCCCUCGAGGCCAUCAUCCGCGUCUGCACCCUAGCACUGCCCUCGUUCCUCGUCGCCUACUUUUACCGCGCUUCGCGCCGCAUAUUUCUUCGAUUCUCUUCCCCCGAAGACAAGCGCGUUCAUCGUAAGACAAGCUGCAUCUCGGACUCGGUCCGCGACGCCGCCGACUUUGUUGAGCUGUGCCAGAUCUGGGGGUACGAGGCGGAGGAGCACAUCGUGCAGACCAAGGACGGCUACCUGCUCGGCCUUCAUCGGCUUCAGUGGAGGCGCGGCGAGGAGGGUCAGCGGGUCAACUCGGGACCCGACUCCAUCAAGAAGCGCGUCGUCUACAUGCAUCACGGCCUGCUCAUGAACUCGGAGGUCUGGGUCUGCCAGACGGACGAGAAGCGAUGCCUAGCGUUUGAACUUGUCGAGCAAGGAUUCGACGUCUGGUUCGGCAACAAUCGCGGUAAUAAAUAUUCUAAAAAGUCCAUCCACAGCUCACCCAACUCGACGCGCUUCUGGGACUUUUCCAUCGACGAGUUUGCCUUCCAUGAUAUUCCCGAUAGUAUCGAGUAUAUCCUGGAGAGCACGCAGCAGAAGAGCCUCUCCUACAUUGGCUUCUCCCAGGGCACUGCCCAGGCCUUUGCCAUGUUAGCCAUCCACCCCCAGCUCAACCACAAAGUCAACGUCUUCAUUGCCCUCGCGCCAGCCAUGGCGCCAGCUGGCUUAUCCAACGGUAUCGUCGACUCCCUCAUGAAGGCCUCGCCCUCGGCGCUCUACCUCAUGUUCGGACGGCGCUCCAUCCUCAGCUCCGCGACCACCUGGGAGGCGCUCCUGUACCCGCCCCUCUUCGCGCGGUCCAUUGACAUGGGCCUGUCCUUCCUCUUCGACUGGAAGACGCUCAACAUCACGCCCAGCCAGAAGCUCGCCGCCUACCCGCACCUCUACUCGUACACGAGCACCAAGUCGGUCGUGCACUGGUUCCAGAUCAUCCGCCACCGCUCCUUCCAGCUCUACGACGACGACGUGCACCAGCCGAUCCGUAUGUCCGCCGCCGCGUCGCGCCGCGCAUCCACCAAGGUGGCCAAGUACCCUACGCGCAACAUCCGCACGCCCGUCGUGCUCGUCUACGGCGGCAGCGACUCGCUCGUCGACAUUGAUAGCAUGCUGCGCGAGCUGCCCCCGCAGACCGUCGCCACCGAGAUCCCCCACUACGAGCACCUCGACUUCCUAUGGGCCCGCGACGUCGACGUCCAAGUCUUUCGCCACGUCUUCGACGCCCUCGACAGCUUCACCGACGCCGAGCACACCGUCGAGGAGUACGACCGGUACCACGUCGUCCGCUCCGAGAGCCUGAUGGGCUCCGGCCUCUUCGUCAACGCCAUCAACAACAGCAGCAACGCGACGGACAGCGACACCUCCGUGCUCAGCAGCGGCAACGCCCGCGGCCACCUGCCUGUCCCGCAACCGCACGUCGCUCGCGAGCCCGCCGUCCGCUCCCGCGCCGCCACCGUCGGCAGCCCGCCGUCUACGUACCCCCUCGCGGGCGGCAAGUUUGAACCGCUCCCGUCCGCCAAGAAGCCGCCUCAGCAGCCUGACGGUGGCACCGCGCCCGGAUCUGACAAGCUGCGUGGCCUCGGCGUCCGUCGCGAACCCUCGCUCAACGGCCUGCAAGUCUCCGUGCUGCGCGACGGCCGCGGGAUAAGCCCCGGCCAGGCCAACGCCGUCGGCGGCGUCGUGGCCGACAUGAGCAGCGUCGAGCGCGCCGACGUCGCCACCUCCUCGGGCGAGGAGAAGAAGGGCGGCGGCGAUAAGAAGACGCUGAAGAAGAGCCGCUAG